UUUAAACUGGUAGACCAACCCAGUUACUGUUUUCAAACAAGGUUUGUGACCUAUCUACAGAUGAAUUAUGGCUUCGCGGCAUGUUCCCUACACAGAUAUUUCAGAUAUGGGACGGGCAGCUCAGGAGACUGAAAUACAGCGUGCUGCCAAUCAACAGCUUAUUGAAGAAGGUAGAAUAAUUAAGCACAAGGAGCUUGAAAAAAUGAGACGCGAAGAGGAAAGUAAGGAUGACAGUAGUAGUGAGCGUCCUGACGUUAUCAUUAAAAUUAAUAAUGGAAGCACUUCACGCCUGAGUAGUCAGCGUUCUUCGGCCGAUUUAGCAUCAUCAAUCAGCUCAAGGAAUUUGGAUGCACGUGAGCUACGAGCCCAGUUACUGCAGUUGGAAGAAAAGGUUAAGGGGGCAAUGUUAUCAAAUGUUCAACUAGACAAUGAUAAACAACUUUUGAAGUAUGAAGUUGAUUUGCUCAAAGAUAAAUUGGAAGAUCUUACAGAUGCUUAUGCUUCUUUGAACAAAAUCUUCUUAGAAAACAAACGGGAAUUGGCGUAUCAAAAAAUGCAAAUUGUUGAAUUAACACAUCGUUUGGAUUAUGCACGUCAUCAAAUAGAGGCACGUGAUCAACUAAUUGUUGAACAUGGUUUAGUAUUAGUUGGUGGCACAAAUGUAGAUGACAAUCCGACGUCUAACAUGGAGGAGUUAACAGCAACCAAUGCACAUAUGUCAUCUACGAAUAAGGGAAAAUUCACGAGUAAUGAUAGUAAUUUAGUAAUGAUGAAUGGUUUAUCCAAUAAUAAUAAUAAUAAUCAUUCAAAAUCAAAUUCAUUGAUACAUCAAAAUGGUGAUAAAUCAUCAAAUCAUUUACCCGAAAUGGUUCUUAUCACAAAAUCGACAGCUGAACUCUUAAAUACUUUAUCUGAAACAACAUUAGAUAAGCAAAUUCAACAGUUGUUUAGUAUGCGAUCCGAAUUAGAUGCACGAGUUGAAGAAUUAGAAUCUCAGUUAAGAGAAGAACGUAAACGCUUCGAGGCUCCAACUACACGUUAUGAUUCAAAGAAUCGUACAAAUAUAGUAAAUGCAGAAGAUAUUAAACAUGAACUACAACAAAGUCGUAAUCAAGCUCAAGAAUAUAAACUGAAGUUUCAUGAAUCAUCUCAAAAGAUAUCAGCUCUUGAAAGCGAUAUUGUGCGUUUGGAAGGUCAAACUAAACGAUAUAAAGCCAUAGCUGAUGCUUGUGAAGAACAAGAAGAAAUUUUAAAACAAGAUCGAAGAAAAUGUCAACGUGAAAUUAACUCUACUGAUGAACUAAGAGAGGUUCAAUCAAAAUUGGAAGAUCUUAAGGCAGAGAAUGCUAGACUGCAACGGGUUGUGGAUAAAUAUAAUCGAGGUUCUACUGUUCCAGGUAGUUUGGCACCUGGUACUAGCAGUACUAUACGUCAGGCUCAUGAUUCUUCUGUCAAUAGAUAGUUUUUAUAUAUAUAUAUAUAUAUAUAUAUAUAUAUAUAUAUAUAUAUAUAUAUAUAUAUAUAGUGAAAGUUAAAUAUGUAAUGUGAUAUUUAUCAUCUAAAUUGCUUUCCCUAAAUUCUUAUCUAUUCGUUGAUUUAACUGCUGUCAAAUAUAUGAAUGUAUGUGUUUAUCUUUAAUCCAAAGAUUCUAUAGUUGAAAUUUAUUCACUUUCUUUUCUAUUCUAUUCUAUUCUAUGCUUUUUUAUCAUAUGGUUCACUUGAAAUAUCACUUCAAUUUAUCCAGUAAUUGUGUGUAUAUUAUAUUCAGUAAACAAUAUCGCUAUAUAUAUGUAUAUAGACCAGUUUAUACAUAUAUAAUAAUAUACAUUUGUUUUGUAUAAAUUGAAUUAACAUCAGAAUUGAGGGGAAAGAAUAAUUGUUCUACUCAAAUCUCUUCUAAUUCAAAUGUGACAAAUUAUCUUCCUUAAUAAUUGUAAUAGUAAUAAUCACAACAACAACAACAACAGAAAUCUGCACAGCUUCAGAAAAUUCCCUUUCAAAAAAUAACUCGACUAUUCAUAUCAUCAAAGUAUAUAAUUCUAUUGUUUCAUCUAAGAAAAAUAAAAGUUAUAUAACAUUCAAUACAUACAAUACACAAUUAGGAUUGUAAAUGUUUACUAUCGUAUAUUUAUAUAACAUGUUUCCAAUGCUCAGGAACAUGUUGACAAAUAGUUAAUACUAAUUAACUUUUGAUAAAUGUUUUCUCAUUUCAUCAAAACCUGGUGUAAAACCUUGUUAUUUACUAAUGUAAUCAUAUAUAUAUAUAUAUAUAUAAAAGCCUAUUCCCUUAAGUGGUUUUUUCCUUCAUUUGUAUAUCUUUCCAUGUAUGGUAGUUCAUUUGAAAUUUCAUUGGUUGUUAUUACUUGGAUUCAUUUUCAAUAUUUACAGCUGUAUUUUGUUACUUAUACUAGCUCUUUUCAAAGUUGGCCUUAUACAUACGUUUAUAUAUACAAGGAUGUAAGGAAUAAACUAUUUGUUUAACACUUUCAUACACAUUUGUAGUCUUCAGAAAUCAUGUAACUUACAUUUUGAAACAACUCAUUUUGUAAAAACACGCUAAUAUUCUCACUGUAUGAUGGCCAGUCUCAUUGAUACUAUCUAAUUGCUGAUUCUUUUUGUUCAUAACAACUGGUAUGCUAACAUGAGCUCAUUAUAUCGUUGAUUUUAUUUAAAGCUUUAUCUUAAUUCCAACAGAACUAAUGUUAAAAACUACCUUGGCUUCUUUUGAAUAAUAACCGACGAUACCUUGCUUCCUAUCAAUAAAUAUGUUUGAAGUGACUGUGAAUUGAAUUUGUGCGGUAAAAUGUUGAGUGAUGUUAAUCCUAGGACUAGCUGUUUUGUUUUCUAAUAAGUAAAUUGUGCGUAUUUUUAA